UCCCUCUGACAGCAGCGCCAUGGAGCGGCUCCUGGUCUGUGUCCUGGUGGUGCUCAGCACCAGCCUGGCCCGUGCCCAGGUGUGCCCCAAGCGCUGCAUGUGCCAGAACCUCUCUCCCUCCUUGGCCAUCCUCUGCACCCGGACGGGCCUCCUCUUUGUGCCCACCGUCAUCGACCGGCGGACGGUGGAGCUUCGCCUGACGGACAACUUCAUCACGGUCGUCCGCCGAAAGGACUUCUCCAACAUGACCAGCCUGGUACACCUCACCCUCUCUCGCAACACCAUCAGCCAGAUCCUGCCCUACGCCUUCGCCGACCUCCGCAGCCUCCGUGCGCUUCACCUGGACAACAACCGCCUGCUGUUGAUUGGCGCCGAGCAGCUGAAGGGAUUGCCCAACCUCCGCCACCUCAUCCUCAGCAACAACCAGCUCCAGGACAUCUCUCCCGGAGCGUUUGACGACUUUGCCGGCACCCUGGAAGACCUGGACCUCUCCUACAACAACCUGGCGCAGGUCCCCUGGGACACCAUCCGCCGGCUCAACAACGUCAACUCCCUCAACUUGGACCACAACCUGAUCGACUACGUCCCCGAGGGGGUCUUCACCAACCUCCUCAAGCUGGCCCGCCUGGACAUGACCUCCAACAAGCUCAAGAAGAUCCCGCCCGACCCUCUCUUCCUCCGCAUCCCCGUCUACGCCAAGUCCAAGGGGUCUCCUCUCUCCUCGCUGGUCCUCAGCUUCGGGGGCAACCCUCUGCACUGCAACUGCGAGCUGCUGUGGCUGCGGAGGCUCACCCGCGAGGACGACUUGGAGACGUGCGCCUCGCCGCCGGACCUCCUGGGAAAAUACUUCUGGACCAUCCCCGAGGAGGAGUUCAUCUGCGAGCCCCCGGUCAUCACCCGCUACACCGGCCGGCUGGUGGUGACGGAAGGCGAGGAGGCGGUUCUGCGGUGCCGCGGCGUGGGGGACCCCGAGCCCUCCAUCCACUGGGUCUCGCCGGAAGGCAAAGUGGUGGCCAACACCUCUCGGACCACCUCCUACGAGAACGGCACGCUCGAGGUGCUCAUCGCCACCGUCCAGGACACCGGGGCCUUCACCUGCAUCGCCUCCAACGCCGCCGGGGAGGCCACCACGUCCAUCGAGCUGGUGGUCAACCCUUUGCCGCACCUCGCCAACGGCACGGCCCCCAAGGUCCCCGAGGCGGCGGGGCCCUCGGACAUCCUGACUCCGGCUAAGGGAGCCCUCCCCGCCGGCGCCAACGAAACGGGGGCCUCUCAGGACAAGGGGGUGGCAGCCUCGGAGGUGUCGGCCUCCUCGGUGCUGAUUCGCUGGUAUCCCCAGUGGCAUGUGCCCGGCAUUCGGAUGUACCAGAUCCAAUACAACAGCUCCUCUGACGAUACCUUAGUGUACAGGAUGAUCCCCUCUUCCAGCAAAGCCUUCCUGGUCAAGGACCUGGCCUCCGGGCGGGAAUACAACCUCUGCGUCCUGGCGGUCUACAACGACGGGGUGACGUCCCUGACGGCCACCCGCAGCCUGGGCUGCGUUCAAUUCAGCACCCCUCAGGAUGCCCCGCAGUGCCACUCGCUGCACACCCAGUUCCUGGGGGGCACCAUGAUCAUCAUCAUCGGGGGCAUCAUCGUGGCCUCCGUCCUGGUCUUCAUCAUCAUCCUCAUGAUCCGGUACAAAGUCUACAGCGGGCAGGAGGAGCACAAGAAAGCCAAAGUCAGCAACGUCUACUCGCAGACCAACGGGAACCAGCCCCACGCAGCAGGCUUGACCUGCUCGGCCUCCAGACCCGAGGGGUGGGGGGUGGCGGAUGGCUCGGGGGCCGCCCGGGUGCGGAGGGACUGCAGCGUGGUGGCCUUGGGCAAGGACGGCGAGAAAGGCCCCAGGAGCCACCCCACGGAGGCGGGGGCCGGAGGCGCCAUCUCCCCGGAGAAGGAGGUGGUCACGGACUAAUGUGGACCUCCAUAGCAACCCCUCCGGCCCUGGGGCUGAGGUGUCCAGAGCGGAAG